CGGCGGUCCCGGGUGUCCCGGUCCGGGCAGGGGUGGCCGAUUCUCGUCUCCGGACCUGCCCGUCCUACCCCGCCGCGGGCCGCGAGGAACCGCCCAUCGGCAGGCCCCAGUGCAGCCGCGCGGUCCCGGGGAGCCCCCGCCCAGGAGCGGCUCUGAGGUCUCCCCGAGCCUAGCCCCGCAGCCCGGGCCGUCCCGAGCCUCGGCGGCUCCGCAGGGUCCCCGCGGGGCUCAGCCCACCGGGCCGGGCCGCAGCGCCGCCGCCGCACUUCCGGGGCUGCUCCCGGUGCUGCUGCCGGUGCUGCUGCCGGGCCUCCUCCCGGCCCGGCCCGACUCGCCGCCGGGAUGAUCAACGCCAUCCUGGUGUUCAACAACCACGGCAAGCCGCGGCUCGUCCGCUUCUACCAGCACCUGGCGGAGGAGGCCCAGCAGCAGAUCAUCCGCGACACCUUCCACCUGGUGCUGAAGCGCGAUGACCACAUCUGCAACUUCCUGGAGUGCGGCAGCCUGUUCGGCGGCUCGGACUACAAACUGAUCUACCGGCACUAUGCCACGCUCUACUUCGUUUUCUGCGUGGACUCCUCAGAGAGCGAGCUGGGCAUCCUGGAUCUCAUCCAGGUGUUUGUGGAGACACUGGACAAGUGCUUUGAGAAUGUCUGUGAGCUGGACCUCAUCUUCCACAUGGACAAGGUUCACCACAUCCUGCAGGAGAUGGUGAUUGGUGGGAUGGUGCUGGAGACCAACAUGAACGAGAUCGUGGCACAGGUGGAGGCCCAGGGCAAGCUGGAGAAGGCAGAGGGAGGCCUCUCGGCGGCUCCUUCCCGUGCUGUGUCAGCCGUGAAGAACAUCAACCUGCCCGAGAUCCCCCGCAACAUCAACAUCGGGGACAUCAACAUCAAAGUGCCCAACCUGUCGCAGUUCAUGUGAGCGGCCCACGGCAGGGGCCGAGCAGAGCUGGGGUCCCUGGCUCCUCUCAGGGCACUGCCCGUGUGGUGCCCAGGGGCCAGUUUUGCCAGGAUGCCUGGGCUGGCCGAGGGCAGGGAGCAGUGGCAGGGCUCGGAGAAUGGCAUGGAAGGUCUCUCCCCCUGGACCUGGGCUCAGUUCUGCUCUCUGGUCCCUCAGCAAGGAGGGUGCCCUUUCUUCCCCUCUCUCCCCACGGAAGUGCAACCUCUCCUCGCUGUGGGGAAGAGCCGGUUCCUGCCUCUCCCAGGAUUCUUGGGGUCCCCAGUGGUAAAUGCAUGCCUGUAGUGACAGCUUCUUCAGGAGCUGCAGGUUGUCUCCUCUAUCCUCCUGGCCACGGCUGUCCCCUGCCCUGGUCCUGCUCACUGGGACGGGCCCCAGCUGGGUGGGGGCCACUCCUGGGAGCUGCUGCAAGCCCUGGGGACAGCGAGAGUGGGGACAUGGCAGCGAGAGGGAUGGGAGCUGAGUGAGCUGAGGGAUGAGCAGGUGGCAGCUCACAGGGUCAGGCCAGGCAGGAGCUGCUUGAGUGUGUUCCUGUGUCUCAAUAAACUGCCCUUGAACCUGU